UUAAGAGCGCGAACGGUGGUGUGUGCGCCGGGAGGCAGGUGAUCUGGCGGAACUGUCGCGAACUGCUCCACUGGGCGCUGGCCUUGCUACUUCCCCAUGGGGAGGCAGUUUUUUAGUUUAUGGCCGGAAGUAAUUGGAUUGUGAUUGGAGGGAUGGGCGGACUAGGAGCGCAUUCUUCCAAACCACUGUUUGCGAGGUUGCUCUGGGUUACUUUAAAAAUCACCAUGUCUUCUUCCAUGGGGCUCCGUUUGGCUGCUUGUUUACUAAAUAUUUCAGAAGCCAGAAGAAAAUACAUUGUUGAGAACAUAGCACAAGCAUCUCUUCAUGAAAAAAAUGGGCAGAAAUAACCUGAAGCAUCAAUGCUCAAUAUAUUUUCAUUUUCUGAUCAAGACUACAUCAAAUCAGUCAUUACAAUAUCGGCUUCUAUUAAUGAAUUAGGGUUGAGUGACUAUGAGCCGGUGCAAGUUAAUUCCAGCCAAGCUGCCUCAAAUGGAGUGGAGUGGUAUCGAGAGGGGUUUAAGCAGGCUCCGAGGCUCCCACUAGUGCUUGGUGGCUAAAACAUGAGACAGUCUGGACUCCAAGGGCUUCUGAACCCUGAGUUUCCAAGGUUCCCAAAAACUGCAGUUGCUACAUCGCAAUGCCCUUAUGGAAUUCCCAUCUGCCA